AUGUGGAUAGACAUCUCGGCGGGAGCGAGCCCGGAAGACGAGUCUACCCACCAGGAGGAGCGAACGGCGCUGAUCGAGCAAGAUGGGAAAUGUCACUUGAAGGCCGUGAAGAGAGAUUCAGACGGCUCAGAUGAUGACAACCUGAGCGCUUCACGGAGGUGGCGCUUCACCACCGGGAUGUUCGUUCUGCUCUGCGUAGCCGUAACUGCUUUUGCAUUCUAUCCCUCAACAACUUCUCAUCGGCACUUCUCGAAGUCUCUGGUUGGCCUGGAGGAAUGGGAGGAAAUUCCCAACAUAUCGGGUGUUAUACAACGUGCAAAAGGCUUGGACCCAGUCAAAACACCACGGAAUUUGCGUGACCUUUUCGUGCAAUACGAGCCAUACCAAGCUGCUGAGCUGCCUUGGGUGAGAACUCAGUGCGUCAUUGACGCAGUUCAAGCGACCGCCUACCUUGUACAAGCAGUCGUUUUCCUGUAUCGAGCCAUAGACUAUGAGGGUCUUGAGUGUCCAAAGAAUACGCCUGACGGUUGUGCUGUAAGCAUCGCUGGUUUUGUGGCCUCUAUAAGUUGGGUCGCAUCGUACAUCAGCUUGGCAGCAUCGUCCUGUGGUGAUACGGUGAACUCUGGGGCCCUUUGUGCAGCUGACUGGACUGCGCUGAUGGCAGAUUUCGCAGAAGUUGCCUCGAGUGGUGCGGCAGUCAAAGAUGAUUGUGACUUUGGCGGGAGAAUCAGUGGCUUACUCCUGCACAUCGAUCGCGAUCGCAGAACACAUCCCUAUUACCAUUGGCAACAGUUCCUCCCGGGUGGUGCUGGGCCAGCUGUCAUCAUAGCACGGAAUAGACAUAUGAAUACAAUGCGGGACUUUGACAUCACGCAGUGCGUAGUUGAUGUGACACAGGCAGCCGCCUUCCUCGUACGGGCAACUUUGCAAAUUCAUUCGGCGACCCUGGGUUGUCCCCAAGCGAGGGCCUGCACGAUCGACAUUCUGGAUGUGAUCUCCUCGUUCAGCUGGAUCUCACGAUUCAUAUCUCUGGCAGUCACAGACUGCUCUGUUGCUGGAAGUCAGAAGGCACUUUGCGCGGCACAGAUUUCCAACUUAGUCGCAGCGGUUGCGAAUGGACCCGCAGUUGGGAUCGCCACUACUUCAGAUUGUGCAGAUUUCCCAGACACCAUCGAUGAGCGGCUGCACGAGCCAACCACAUGA